AUGGAAAGCGAAAAACAAGUUUUUGAAAGAGAAUCACCACGUCGGCCCUGGAGAAGUUGCAAGUUGAUGAUUGAUCCCGUGCUUACAAAAGGACUAUACAAAGUGUACCGCUAUGAUGGGCACGAGUUUAACAUUCCCGUCGACGACCUGGGUUUGUUUCCAGUGGAUUCUGUGAGAGAUCCACGCAUCUGCCGCAUGUGGAGCAAAUGCGUCAAGAAUGACCUUUCGGUUCCCAAAUUUAAGAUAGAUGAGUUUUACAUAGGUCCUGUUCCUCCUAAAGAAGUGACAUUUUGUAGGCUGAAUGACAAUGUAAACAAGGCCUUCCUGACUAAUAUGUGUAAUAAAUAUGGCCAUAUUGAAGAAGUGGAAAUUUUCUACAAUCCAAAGAACAAGAAACACUUAGGUAUUGCAAAAGUUGUUUUUGACACUGUGAGGGCCGCAAAGGACGCCGUUCAUCACCUCAACCAAACUUCAGUGAUGGGCAACAUUAUCCAUGUGGAAAUUGACCCAAAAGGUAAAAACAGGGUGCGCUACCUCAAGCUUCUCUACAACGGUCUCUACACUCCAUGGAGUUUACCAUUGGGAAGUAAUGACGAAAGUCUUCAAAACUUAAUCGACAAUUUAAUGUGCAAUUUUCCCCCACAGGGACAAGAUAGCCCAAUCAGCUUAAUGACUCCACACUCUCUCGACACAGCGUAUUCCAGUAUUAAUCAGGACACUCCUUUUAGCUUUGGGCUAACUCCCGGCUCGCAGGGAACCCCCCGCACUCCUUGCUUAUCUGCGACUCCUCUCUCCCAGGACUCAUGCUACUCCAGUCUUCAGGGCACUCCAAUCCUCCAGGGGGAGCCCCAGAUUUACAGUGUUCACAAACCACUCAGAAGAGAGAUUUGCUUUCGUAAAUCCACAAAGUCUCACUGGGGAGCUAGUGAAAUCCCUGAGGUGAAUUUAAAUUUUAAAAACCACCAACUUCCUCCUUCCCUCCCACUGUUUACCCAGAGUAGUACGAAGCAUAUUACACCAAAGGAGAAGACUGAAAACGCUCAGAAUCAUGCAAAAGAAACCUUUGAACUUAUGUCCCCAUGCCCAGAAUCAAUGCAUGUGGUCAAAACUACCUCAUUAACUAUAAACUCUUUGAGCACCCUGAGCACCAACCUGGCAGCCAACAAGCAGGCAGACGUGGCCUUCCCACCUAGCAACUGUGCAGACACAGCAGAUUUACCGAAGUCCGAAGGGAGUUUUGUCCGUACAACCCCCCAACCACAGACCCUAGAUGCCCGCAUACAAAGUUUGUUGACAACCUCACCGAGUUUACUCCUGAACUCCCAACUCGUAGAUAGCUCAGACAAGACUUUAAAGACUGUCAGUCCAACACAGUUCGUUGAAGAGGAUGAAACUUCCCAAGCUGUUUUUUUUCUUACAUCCCAAAGAGAUGUGGAGUGUCCCUCUGUGUGUAAUUUCACAAAAUAUGAAGAAACCAUGGGUAGAAACAGUAAAACGGAUGCACAGAAUUCCGAGGCACUGCGUCCCAAGGGUCUUCACUUAUCAAAUGUGGAUGAAGGGAACUCUGAAACGUCUUUUUCUCAGCCCCUGCGUUCUCCUGCUAUCAUGUCUGCAGAUUUCCAUCCACCAUUUACACCUUCAAGUUUCUUGAUUCCUUCAUUUCCCCCAAUUAGACAAAGCCUCCAAAAUGGCACCAUUCCAAUUCCACUGCCGUGCCGGACCCUUCCUCCUGGCCAUCAUAGCAGCAUCCACACCUCUACUGCCUCAGUUUCAUCCCCUUCUGUUUUCUCGGUACCCCAACCUCCUUUGAUGGACCAGGGCAAGCCACCACCUUGUGGACCACAUUACACCAAUUCACAUUUUUCUUGUGUCAAGCCUCUAGUACCACCUCCAGACUACCCACUCAUGAGAGAAAAACAUCAUCAUGUCACAGUUAAAAAUGUUAUAAAGGCGCUCAUGAAUGAACUGAAGUCAAUUAUCAAGAAAGACAUUACACGCAGAAUGAUUGAGGGAGUGGCAUUCAACGUGUUUGAAGACUGGUGGGAUGAUCAAGAGAAGAAAAGAAAGACAUUGGCUUUGCCUUUAAAUGAGAAGAAAAACAACAGUAUAAAUCCUCUGAAAAGCAUCAAUGGCCAGAACAAGAAACCUCCUCUGCCCUCCUUCAAGAUUAAGAAGAAAAGAGAUGACAAUCCUGCAAUUCUAGAAGUGAUAGAAAGUAAAGAGCCUGAUGGAACUGAAGGGGACAAAGUGUUGGAACCGACAUAUUGUCUCAGUCGUAAACGGAGACUCGCAAGACGACUUGAAAGUGAUGAUGAUGAUGACAAAGAUGAAGAAUACAACAUACGUCAAGUGGAGGAAAAGGAAAGUGUAACAGAUAAAGAGUCAAAGGAUGGACCUAAUGAAGAUGAAGUGCACAUUUUGUGUGAAAAGGAAGAUCUUGUAAACAAUGAUGACGGUAAUCAUCAGAAUGAAGAGAAGGACAUUGAAAUACACACAUCAUCUGAAGACACGUGCCCAGAUCCAGAUGAUGUUUUCUCCGCUGGCAGUGAAACAUGUUCACAGUCUGGCUCGUCAAAAGAAUCCUCAGGCGACUCAGACUCCCCGUCCUCUUUUACUUCAGAGAGUUGUGUAGACUUAUCCUACUCUGAGUUCAGCUCUGAAGAUGAUUUAGAUGAUGUCAAGGAUGAUGAAGGUUUGGAGUGUAUAGUAAUAUCAGAUGAGGAGUCCAUGGAACUUGAGCCUCCUGUAACACCCUCAGCCCCACUCACUCCUGGUGCUCAGCUGGAAAUGUUACACCAGGACUUGUCAGAUUCAUGUACUGGAGAGAAAGCAGGGGAAAAACAGUGCAUUUAUCAAGAGCCACCAUCAUAUGCUGACCCUGCAGUGCCUGUGGAACCUGAUGUGGAAAUAGAGAGGCGUGAAUGGACCUUUGAAUCUUUAGAGUACAUCUCGAGGCCUCUCACUCCUACCGGCUGUUUAUCUGAUAGUGAUCCUGACCUUUUGAUCAGAAGCAAACCAACAUCACCAGAUGUGACGGAGGUAGAACGACCACAGACCCCAGGCAAGGGAAUAGCAUCUCAAUUAGGAAGUGAAGAAUCAGGGGAUGACAGUCUAAUGCCAACUGUGAGUGAAUUAAAUCUACCAUCAUCUGCUUCAGCAGGUGUAUCUUUAUUGUUUGAUGAACCACCAAAGACCCCAGGUAGAGAGGACAUACUUGCUCUGAAUCAUACCAGUGGUGUGAGGGUCUCAGCAACACCAAGACUUGAGAGCAUUACACAUUUUAGAAAUUCAUCACUGUAUAGACAUCAAUUUGUCUUACCACCAAAGACCCCUGGAAGAGAUAUCAUUCUCCAACGAAGAGCCUUAGUCCGUAGAAGAAAGACCAAUAUAGUGAACACUUCACAAUCCCAUUUAUGUGACAAUUUCCUUGGAUUGUCAUCUCCAUGUGACCUGUCUGAGUCCUCCUCUGAUGACGGAGGAGUGAGAACAUGGUCAGGUAUGAGAGAGAUACCUCUGCAAAGACUGGAAAACAUGCCGGGUUUUCUCUAUAAGGGAAGUAGGAGGAAAACGAAAAGGAGCCAUAAACAGUGGAAGAGAAGAAAAAGAGGCUGGGCGAUCCACCACUACUCUUGUCGUAGUCCUCACAAAUUGCGGUCAGUGCGAGAGGAGAGGAGGAUACUUCACAGUAUAUGGAAGGACGGUCUGGAUGAAGAGGAUAGGAGGUUGCUGCAUUGCACUUAUGAAAGGCUGCAAGAGCGGGAUGAUGAGUGCAGCUGGCUUAGUGACACCCUCUGGAUCGCCCAUCCUCAUAUCCUUUUCUGUGUCAUCGAGUACAUUAAGAUUAACGAAGAACACCAGUCAUGGCAGCAAUACCACAUUACAGGUUCAGCUCGCAGUGAGGGCUUCUACAAAAUCAACUGGAGGGAUAAACUUGAAUAUCGUAACCAAGCAAGAUUUACUGAGCUUCCGUCGACAAGCUAUCAAGGACCCCUGACGCAGCCGGCUGCACUUCGAGCUGGAUCAGACUUCAGGUCGGAACAACGUCGUCUGCUGUCAUCUUUCAGCUGUGAUAGUGACUUGGUGAAGUUUAACCAACUCAAGUUUCGAAAGAAGAGGAUUCGUUUCAGCCGAAGUCACAUUCACGAUUGGGGUCUCUUUGCCCUGGAGGCAAUAGCAGCAGAUGAGAUGGUGAUUGAGUAUGUAGGCCAAGUAAUCAGACAGAAUGUUGCUGACAUGAGAGAGCGCAGAUAUGAAGAAGCAGGCAUUGGAAGCAGCUAUUUGUUCCGGGUGGAUCAAAACACUAUAAUUGAUGCCACAAAAUGUGGUAAUUUAUCCAGAUUCAUCAACCACAGCUGCAAUCCAAACUGUUAUGCGAAGAUAAUCACUGUGGAAUCCCAAAAGAAGAUAGUAAUCUACUCGCGGCAGACGAUAGGCAUCAAUGAAGAAAUCACGUAUGACUACAAAUUUCCAAUUGAGGACACAAAGAUUCCUUGCUUGUGCGGAGCUGAAAACUGUCGAGGCUCUUUGAACUGAUCAUAGGUAGAAGCCCACAUUGGAGAAGCUACUGUACAAAGACAAUGAAGAUGUGUGCAAAUAAUCAGGAUGAAACCAUCAGUUCUCUUGAAUGUUAAAAAUAGAGAGCUGCACCAACAGAACUUACUGAACUUCGGUACCCAGCACUUAAGCUAUUGUAUGAUAAAAUAUGAAACAGUAAUGGGAGAACACGCUCGACUUUUGUUAAAUUAAUGUACUAGUACAUGCAGUCUUAAUGGAAAACAUUAUAAAGACAUUUGUUGAAAGGCAAUCUUUUGUUAUACAUCAUGGUAUGGACAGUACAUAGCAGUUAUUGUUUACUGUUACAUUCCUGAAAAUAUGGAAUUUUAAAAAUCAUCCGUUGGUCCUUAUCUUACAAAUGAUAAUACAUUUUUUUUUAAUUUAUGAGAACUUCAUUUGUGUUUUCCUGCAGUUCAGCUGAACUCAAUAAUAGGCCUGUAAAAAUACAUUUCAAGGUUCUAAGAUACUGAAUUGUAAAUUAACACAGUAAAAGAUGGGAAAUA